GGGACGGCUCACGCGCUAUUGCACGCCUGUGUGUGACGUCGCAAAGCUGGAUUUCCCGCCCCCCUUUUCUGCCUGACGGCUCGUGCCUGCACACCGCCUGUCACACAUUUCGCUGCGAGUUGAGGCGAGCUCUGCGUCCGUGGUCACAAUGCACUUGUGUAGGACAGCCUGGCAAAAGCUGGCUCCUCUGGCCAGCGGUAGGGGCAUCAUCUCUCUAUUCCGAAACGGUCCAGUCCGUCAGAUGUCCUCCACCAGUGUUCCUGGUUCUUCUGGAAGCGCUCUGCCUUACUACCUGCUUACUGGUGUUGCUGUAACUGGUGGUGGCAUUUAUGUAUACCGAACUCUUGCCAGAGACAGAGCUCGUUUCCAGGAUCGCCAUUCAUACAUUGAUAGCCGGCAAAAGGCAGACCUUGUUCCGAGAUCUCAGGUUUUGAAUUUAUUGGUGCCAGAGCCGCCUGAAUGUUUUUCACAAUCUUUAAAAGGUCUUCCCGUUGAAAUCUCCGUUGUAUCUGAAACCGUUGAAGAAAAGGUGGAGUCUGUUACAGUGGAAGUGGUGGCUACAGAAGUUGUUGUGGAUCAGCAGACAGGAGAUCAACCUGUGGUUGGAGAGGGUGCGUCGCUUCCUACAGAACAAGAAUUGCGUACAGGCUCUGAGGCCGCCCCAGCUCCAGAAGAGAGCACAGAAUCCAUCGAGGCUGUCACUGAUGCAUCACCUGCCCCAGUGCUAGAAGCACAGACUGACAAUAUCCAGGAGGAACUAGCUUCAGCAGCAGAAGAUGACUGGUCCGAGCUCUCUGCAAGGAAGCCAGAGGAAGUUCUUGAGGAGACUUCUCUAGCCAAAGAAGAGAUUGAUGAAAAUGUAGAAUCUAAAGAAGCCGCAGCAUCGUCGUAGAGAGGGAAAGUCGUUUUUGCUCUGAUGCCCAAAUCAUACACCAAAGCAGUUCCUGACAACAAGCACCAACCCAAACCAUAAAUGGACCCAGCUUGUUUCCCCAAACCCUUGAUACAGUGCUCGCUUAGUUACUAGAACCAUUCGUAUAUGCAGUUUAGCUGUUAUGGUAACUGGUCCUGGGAAGGGUUAACGAGUCACAGGUACUAUAUAGUUAACUCCAUCACUGCUGAAAAUGUCUGCCAAAAUACUGUUUACAAAUGCCUAUGAGCAGGUCAUUUCCAUGUUAUCUUUUGAAGCUACAAUAUUUUAGUAUAUUUGAUUAACAUACACUGAUAUUGUUAAUUUUCAUAGAGCCUCUCUGUGGUUGAGAGAGAUUCUAGAAGUCAUUGUUAGAAAGAUCUGUGCAAACACUAAACUGAGUACCGUGUUGUAAGACCCUAACAGUGCAAGUAAUUCAUCUCCAGUGCACAAGAUUCAUGCUCACUGCAGUGUUACUAUGAAACAUUCCUACAUUAUGCGCUACCAUUAUACCUGAUAACUGGCUUAUGCAUUUUUCAACAGUCAUGGAGUUAGGAAGCCAAGAUAGAUAAGAGAUAUGCUGCUAGACAAUCAAUGGAUAGACUGUGAUUUUUUAAUGUGAAUAAAACAACCAUAAUUAUUUUAUUAUAUGCGUCGUUGCAUAAAGUGCAAUAAACCACUGGUCUCUUAAAAUCUUUUCAUCUGUUAUUUCAAAGAUUUGUGUGAAAUUUUUAUUGCGUAGGAUGAUGAUGUAUAAUAUAUUUUGUUUCACGGACC